AUGGAGCGAUGUGGGAAAGGCUCGCUGCGUAUCGGCAGCAAUUUUGGCCUCGCUCCAGGCCACCGCCUUGGCCCCCGCCAGUGCCCCACGGGAGGUUUCUUUGGAAGCCCCUGGGCGCUCCUUGCUUCCCUUGCAGGUCUGGGCGACGCCUGGGGACAGCCGAGCAGGAUAGGGCCCUUGGAUAACGUGGCCAUGGAGCUCGGAUCCCACUUGCUUCAGACUUUGGAUGGCUUUGUUUUCGUGGUAGCAUCAGAUGGCAAAAUCAUGUACAUCUCUGAAACAGCAUCUGUGCAUCUUGGCUUAUCUCAGGUGGAGCUGACUGGAAACAGCAUUUACGAGUACAUCCACCCCUCUGACCACGACGAGAUGACGGCUGUGCUUACUGCUCACCAGCCUCUCCAUCCUCACCUCCUGCAAGAAUAUGAAAUCGAGAGAUCGUUUUUCCUGAGGAUGAAGUGUGUCCUUGCCAAGAGGAAUGCAGGAUUGACAUGCAGUGGAUACAAGGUGAUCCACUGCAGCGGCUACUUGAAGAUCCGCCAGUACAUGCUCGACAUGUCCCUGUACGACUCCUGCUACCAAAUCGUGGGGCUGGUGGCUGUGGGUCAGUCUUUACCUCCCAGUGCAAUCACUGAGAUCAAACUCCACAGCAACAUGUUUAUGUUCAGAGCAAGCCUGGACUUAAAGCUCAUAUUCCUGGAUUCCAGGGUCACUGAAUUAACUGGAUAUGAACCCCAAGAUCUGAUAGAAAAAACCCUCUACCACCACGUCCACGGCUGUGACGUGUUCCACCUGCGAUACGCUCAUCACCUGUGUAAGUCCAGGGAGUGGGGGCUGGAAGCACAGCAAGGACUUGGACCUGUUGGG